AUGGACGUAUUCGAUAAACAGUAUGCUACUUAUCGUACUGUAUUGAAAAUCGUUGGACUGUGGCCAUACGAUAAUUCGAUUUAUGUUUGGAUUCAGAGAUUAUGGUUAUUAAGCUACUUUCUUGCCAAUAUAAUAUUUCAGAUCGUGUCACUUUUAAGAUCUGAAAUUACAUUACAAAACAGCAUUUUAACGUUAUCUAUAACCUGUCCAUUUGUGCUAUUUUUGUUACGAUAUAUAGGUUCUAUAGCCUUUUUUCCUACAAUAAAAAUUGUAUUCAAGCAUAUACGUACAGAGGAAAGUAUCGUUCAAGAUUCAAUAGAAUCGCAAAUACGAAUGAAAUUGAUCGAUGAUUCGCAUCAUAUGAUCAACAUUUUUUUCUGGAUGACAUACACGAGUAUUGUAAUUUACGUUACAUAUGUAUUAUAUCCUAUAAUAUUGGAUUUCAUGAUACCUUUGAAUGAAUCUCGUACUCGUAUCAUUUAUUACAUUACAACCUUUUCUCACGAUAAAAUCAUAUAUCUCGAUAUUAUAAACUUAAAUUUUAUGUUUACUGGCAUAUUUGGAUUAUUAUCUAUAGCAUGUUCGGAAUCGAUAACCGGAAUUUGUAGUUAUUAUAUAUGCGUGUUGUUGAAAAUUGUGAGCUAUCGAAUACAAAAUAUUGUUAUGUAUUUGGCUAUGUUUAAGCUCUCACCUAAACAAAUUGAUUCGAAACUUAUAGAGCUUUAUCGUGUAGUGGAUAUUCACAAUCAAACUAUCGAGUUACUGGUAAAUGCAACUUUAAUUAAGAAGAACCAAUUAGAAAUAUUAUUCUGUUUCACACUUGUUGCUGUUCACUUGGUGAUUAUAUUUCUCAAUAAUUAUAAUGGUCAAGUACUUAUGAACAAUAGCCAAGAAUUGUUCGAUGAAUUAUAUAAUUCGAUGUGGUAUUCCAUGCCAUUGAAAGCGCAAAAAAUCUUAUUGCUAAUCAUGUUACAAAGUACAACGACACAUGCAUUCAACAUCUUAGGUUUGUUCACCCCAUGCCAUACAGGAUUUUCAACGAUGUUAAGUUCGUCGUUUUCGUAUUUCACCCUGAUGUACUCGAUACAAUAA